CAGAACCUCUUGCUUUGAUGUUUGUCGUGGUGGUGCCUGGCCAAUAGCAAUGACGCCGACUUGAAAUUCGCCUCUCCACGCCUCGCUUGCACCUUCAACGAUGCCUCCUACAAUCGCGACCGCCGUCUUCAAAAAGAAGGAUGGCAUCCUCACUGUCGCCGAAGACCGCAAAUAUGUCUUCUGGAGUCCAGCAUCGCCACCGUCAUCACCGCCCUCGGUGACAAUACCCGUCGCCGAUAUCACGAACCUGCAACAAACGCCUGCCACAUCGAAAGCGAUCGCGCUAAAGAUUGUAGUCGGCGAAGCUAGCUAUGUCUUCACCUUCAAUCACAAAGAGAAUGCGCGCAAGGAGCAGGAGAACACGACGGAGGUUUUGAGGAACACUAUCGCGGCGAACAAGGCCAAGGAUGCUGCUCAGCUUGUUGCGCCUGCCGCUGGAGCGGCUGCUGCAGGCGGUGCUGGUGGCGAAGAUAGCAGUGCGAGCGCCGCGAUGGCCAUAGCAAAGGCGGUCUCAUCCUCAAAAGCUGACGAAGGCUGGUAUGAUGAUGCGAAGUUGAAGUCGGACAUCAGCUUACAGCGCUCGCUGCUCGAGUCGAAUCGUGCAUUGCAAGAGAGAUUCAAUCAGGCGCUGAAAGACAAACCUGAAUCAGUGUCACUCGCACAGUUCACAGGGCAGUUUUGGAUCGCGAGAUUGCAUCUGCUUCGGGCCCAUGCCAUCGAGAAAGCUCAAAAGCAGGGAGAGUACAAUGUCCUGCCCGAGAUCAAGUUCAUCGUGAAGCCGGCGGAGAAGGCGGGCGAGCCAGAUGUCAAGCAUUUGGCAAUCACAAAGGAGCAGAUCCAUCUCAUUUUCAAGCAGUACCCCAUAGUGAAGGAAGCCUACAACGACAACGUGCCUCCACUCAGCCAGACGGACUUUUGGACAGGUUUCUUCGGCAGCCGAUUGCUAAAGAAGCUGAAGGGAGAAAAGAUCGCGCAAAAUGACAAGCGAGAUGCCAGGUUUGACAAGUACCUGGACCGGGAAUCGACUGGACCCGCCAGCAUACAGCACAUCCCACAUUGGAUGGACCUGGAAGGCAAUGAGCAGAAUCACAGUCAGCGAAAGGGUAACAGGCCUGAUCAGGAUAUGCGUCCGACUUCGACAGACAAAGUGCCGAUCUUGCGAGUGCUGAACAACCUCUCGGAGAAGAUGAUGGCUCAUGUAGCGCCUGAAGAUGGCGAGGCUCACGCGCCAAUUGGGUUGGACGAAGAGACAUUUGAGCAGCUGCGACUUCGCGAUCUUGCCAAUGAGGACGUAGACAAUCGGGUCAGGCUAAGUAUCAAGGAGCAACAGCGGUAUCUUGGAGGUGAUAAAGAUACUCUGUCUGCUGACGCGAAGCUGUACGCGAAACAAGAUCCACGACAAGUUCUCACAACGAUGAACAGCGGCCUUCAGCCAACGCAGCUUGGCAGUGAUGUCAAGGGCACCCUCCGGCUCGAUCAUGUCAUCGGAUACCAUACGGAUGACGAUUCAGAUUCAGACGAUGAGGCGUCUUCAGCACAAACGAAUGGCAAUGCAAGGAAGAAGAAGGCCAAAGUUGGCUCGCACGCUGCGAUGGACACCGCGUCGACGACAAUUAUGUCUUCGAUCAAGUCGCGGCGUGACUUCAAUUCACCGGAAGCGACGUCUCUGAAUGGGCUGAGUCCCGAAAUCUACGACAAUCUAGUCAUGACAAACAACACCACGAACGAGUUCCUGCACUACUUCUGGAGCUUGUUCCUAUCAGGAGACGCCUCAAAGACCAAUGAGCUUGCACAGCUUGUAUCGACGCUCGACCGCAGCGUAGAUCGCAUCAAUGCUGUCGGCGAUCAAGCCGAUGCUGAACGGGAGCAGAAGGUUGGCAAGAUCAAGAAGCAAGUAGAAGAAUACUACCAGAGAACCGGCAAGCGCCGGAAAAUCGAUUAUGAUAGCACGGUAGCUGGCGGAAAGAAAGCCGUGGAUGCUAUGGUCAAGCCGACGCUGCAAGCGCUUGCGCAGGCGACAAGUGCAUACCGAAAGGCGUUUGAGGAACAGAGUAAGGAGGCCGCUGCUGCCACUGCUGCUGUGUAACACUAACUAGCUCCACUGUGAGGGAGACUGGGUCGGAUGGCUUUGAAUCAGUGCUACUAUCCUGCUCACUUGGCCUCUGUGCUUUCCGUCUCUCAGCAUCAGGGAUCUGGAACACAUUGACAGACAGUUGUAAUUGUACCACAUUCUCGCACAACGAGAAAGAGUUGGUCGAUCCCAAAUUCUGCUUGAAAAUAGUGUUGUCAGGUUUGUGCGACAAUCACUUUAGGGUCUGCUCCUAUAUUCGUACAGUCAUCGAAGCAAUAAUUACGCAGACGCGCUGGUGCAAGCAUUCAAAAGUGAAGUGCG